CUAAUGGAGUGCUGCGUCAAUGCCCUGGUGACAUCUUUUAAAGAGACUAUUUUAGCUGAAUGCCAAGGCAUGAUCAAACGAAAUGAAACAGAAAAGUUGCAUUUAAUGUUUUCACUGAUGGAUAAGGUUCCAAAUGGCAUAGAGCCUAUGCUAAAAGACUUGGAAGAACAUAUUGUUAGUGCUGGACUUGCAGAUAUGGUAGCAGCUGCUGAAACUAUUACUACUGAUUCUGAGAAAUACGUAGAGCAAUUGCUCACACUAUUUAAUCGAUUUAGUAAGUUGGUUAAAGAAGCUUUUCAAGAUGAUCCAAGAUUUCUUACUGCAAGAGAUAAGGCAUACAAAGCAGUUGUGAAUGAUGCUACAAUAUUUAAACUUGAAUUGCCAUUGAAGCAAAAGGGUGUUGGAUUGAAAACACAGCCUGAAUCCAAAUGCCCUGAGCUUCUUGCUAAUUACUGUGACAUGUUGCUGAGAAAAACACCACUAAGCAAAAAACUAACCUCUGAAGAAAUUGAAGCAAAGCUUAAAGAAGUGCUUUUGGUACUUAAAUAUGUACAGAAUAAAGAUGUUUUCAUGCGAUACCACAAAGCUCACUUAACAAGACGCCUGAUAUUAGAUAUCUCAGCUGAUAGUGAAAUUGAGGAGAAUAUGGUGGAAUGGCUCAGAGAAGUAGGCAUGCCAGCAGACUAUGUAAACAAGCUGGCUAGAAUGUUCCAGGAUAUCAAAGUGUCUGAAGACUUGAACCAGGCCUUCAAAGAAAUGCACAAAAAUAAUAAACUUGCUUUACCAGCUGACUCUGUGAAUAUUAAAAUUUUAAAUGCUGGUGCCUGGUCCCGAAGUUCUGAAAAAGUGUUUGUCUCGCUGCCCACGGAAUUAGAAGAUCUCAUCCCAGAAGUUGAAGAAUUUUAUAAAAAGAAUCACAGUGGUAGAAAACUGCACUGGCACCACCUCAUGUCCAAUGGAAUUAUAACGUUUAAGAACGAGGUUGGCCAGUAUGACUUGGAGGUAACAACAUUUCAGCUAGCUGUGUUGUUUGCGUGGAACCAAAGACCCAGAGAGAAGAUCAGCUUUGAAAACCUUAAACUGGCAACUGAACUCCCUGAUGCAGAACUUAGGAGGACUUUAUGGUCUCUUGUAGCAUUUCCAAAGCUGAAACGUCAGGUUUUAUUGUAUGAACCUCAAGUCAAUUCACCCAAAGACUUUACAGAAGGAACCCUCUUCUCGGUGAACCAGGAGUUCAGUUUAAUAAAAAACGCUAAAGUUCAGAAAAGGGGCAAGAUAAAUUUGAUUGGUCGAUUGCAACUGACUACAGAGCGAAUGCGGGAAGAGGAAAAUGAAGGAAUAGUCCAGCUAAGAAUAUUACGAACCCAGGAGGCUAUCAUCCAAAUAAUGAAAAUGAGGAAGAAAAUUACUAAUGCCCAGCUUCAGACUGAACUGGUAGAAAUACUGAAAAACAUGUUCUUGCCACAAAAGAAAAUGAUAAAAGAGCAAAUUGAAUGGCUUAUAGAGCACAAAUAUAUCAGAAGAGAUGAGUCCGAUAUCAACACCUUCAUAUAUAUGGCAUAGUGGAGGACUCUGCAGGAUGCUGAGAACGUAAAUGGAAGGGUGCUUGGACAGACAGCUGCAACAGUUUGUGCUGCAGAAGGACUUGUUUUGACUUUCGUUACGUAUUAAAAUCCCUGCCUUACCUUACAGAGGACUAUAUUUUGCCAAUCUCAUUCAGCUAGCAUGAUGGCAUUCCCUUCAUGUUGCACACUUUUAACAGCAUGCUGUUUUGUGGCAGACUUACAUUCAUGAAGAGCCCAUUGUGAACUUUUUAAAGUAGAUUUGAUUUACACCCACCAGGAAGAAUACAGGUUUGGGUUUUUAGAUGACCAGUACUUGCACAAGGAAAAAAUAUUCAAAUAUUCAUGCACUGAGGAACUGCUAUUAGUUUUGUUUUGGGUUUGGGGUUUUUUGGGGGGAGGGUUUUGUUUGUUUGUUUUCUUAAAUGCAAUUAGGUCUAGAAGUAGCACUUUCACUUUUGUGUUUUGGAUCAACAGAGUAAUGUACUGUCCACCUUUGAUCCUUUUUAUGUAAUAACAUUUGAGACACACAAACACACGCAUCACAACUGAUAUGUAUUUGUUACAGUUAAAACCUGUUGGCUAGAGCAGUGCUUCAAUCUAGUAACUGGAUUUUAAUAAUUGACACAUAAGUGACAUAAAA